ACUGACGAAGAAAACACACAGAUGAGCCAAGCAGUCGCCCAAGCAGUCACACGUGUGUCUUCUUAGCUGACACAGAAGCGCGCAAGAGCCUGUGCGAUGGCACCGGAAGCGGCAAUGAAGGCACUGAAGAUGGCAAUGAAGAUGGCACUGAAAGCCGUAACGAGAGCGGCAAGCUCAGCAACGGUCAAACUAUUCGCUAGUGCAGAAGAGAAGGAAACAAACAAAUGCGUGUGUGUAUGUGUUUGUCUGUGUGUCUGACCCCUGAUUCGCUCAGUAAUGCUGCCGCUUCUCAGCUGUCGUUCGUAUGCCUCAGCCUGCAAACUCGCCACCCUGGCCUCCCCUAGAAAGUGACAAAUAGAAGCCGCUGCUUGUGUUUCUUCUCUGUAUGAUGCCUACGUUCAGGUUUUUCCAUGCGAACCUUGCGGGACUCCUCGACCAGCUCGGCCUCUGACAGAAUAAAGGGGAAAAGGCAUCUUACAUAUUAGCACACGCAUGGCUGUACUCUGUUUUCUGAGGCUGCCCAGCUGAGCAUCUAGCUGAGUCAGUCUGUUGGCAGUGAUGUUCAGGUCGAGCCUCUCCCCUUCCGUGAGGUCGCCCUUUUGAAGAGAUUUCAGCCGGGCAUCCGCAACCUCCCUCGCCGCCUUCGUCUCUUUGAAGAGGGCUUCCAGCAUUUUCAUGGUCGUCUUACUUUCCUCGUCUAGAUCCCACGGCAAAGAAAAACGAAUAGAUUUUUCUGCCUCGGGUGUGUUCUUGCCUGGAACGGAUCCGGAAGGCGAGAAUCAAUAAGAGACCCGAACUUGAUGGUCUCUGAAUGCAGACAGACACAGACAGACAGACAGACACAGACAGACACGCACAGACAGACAGACAGACACAGACAGACACGCACACACAGACACACAAACAGCAGUCAGGAAAUGCAGGUGAUCGAUCGAAUCGAAUGUCUUGCUUGCCCCGGCUCGUACCCUGCGGCUGCGCCGUCUGCAGAGGAAACAAUGGGUACAUGCCUGCCUCCGUCGUGAGAUAUCACGUACCAGCUCCUGCUCCUCAUCCAAGUUUUCGAUCAU